AUAUUGCUCUCAUCUCUAGCAGUUAAAAAAGUGCAAAAGCAGCAAAGUGAAAAAUUUUAUAGUGCCUCGUUUUUAGGAAAAACUUGGCAAUAAAAAACUAUAGAAAAUGUUGCGGACUGCACGCCGCUGUAUCUGCCGCACAGUUUGUACCUCAAGCCGUUGGCAAAAAUGCAAAUAUCAGUUGCAUUGCCCGAAAAAAUCAAAACCGGAAAAUCCGUUUCCAACCUAGAGAUAAUGGAUAAACUCAGUGCAGAACUCAAGCCGGAUAAAUUUUUGGUGCUUAAGGUCUCCAAGAGCACCGUUAACUACAUACGUUUCGAGGCGGAGCUGGACGAGCGCAAGCGCUUACGUUUGGCCAUUGAGCGCUUGGACGGCGUUGCCUUGCGCUUGUCUGGCUUCAGUGACGCCUUUCGUGUGCGCUGCACCGAGACUAAGGAUGAGUUUCCCACCCGCCACGACUGGGACUCAUAUUUUCGGGAUGCCCGCAACAUGGACGAGAUGAAGGCGGGCGAGCGACCGGACACUAUACAUAUCACGCACCUGCCCAUACGCUGGUUCUGUGCGCGCCAUGCCGAAAACGACGAGCAUGUGAAACCCAGCGAGAGCAUCUUCAAACGCAUCUUCGAGAAGUUCGGGCGCGUGCGUACAGUUGAUAUACCCAUCUGCGAUCCGUAUAGAAAGAGCAUGCAGUCGGAUAUCAGCGGCAUGAGAACGUUUAGCUUUGAGCAGGAUGUGCUCUUUGAAGCCUAUGUGCAAUUCGAGGAAUACUCGAGCUUUGUGCGUGCGAUGGACGAGUUCAGGAGCACCAAGUUGGUGCGCAAGUUUGUGGACAAGACACAGGCCAUCAACAUUAACGUCAACUUUGACAAACAGAAGCAUCUGAGUGAUUCGCACGUACAGCGGCGCGAGCGCAUGCGGAAACGCUGCAUUGCUAAGGCUCAGGCUGAGGAUGAAGAGCGCGAGCGCGAAAGAAAGAAACAAGCGGAGCUGGAGGAUCGCGAAAGGCAAAAGCAAGAACAAUUGAAAUUAGCCGAGUUGGAGAAACAGCGAGAGCGUGAAGAGAAGCGAAAGGAGAAGCAUCUGAAAAAGAUACAGGAGCGCGGCCAAGUGGAGAUCUCGCAAAAGAUACGCAUCGAGGAGCGCAAACUGAUGAUAGCGCAGCGAAAGCUAGAGAGCAUACGCAUCCUGGAGCAGGUAUUCGAGCGGAUACAGCUUAAACAAAAGCGAAAAUCGCAUAGUGCCCAACAUGAUGAGGCGAAAGAUGUGCAGCGCGGUCGGCUGGUGGAAAAGUACAAGAGUGCCACGGAGAAACUAGUCUGUGAUCAGCGCAAGCUUGUCCAGGAGAUCAAAAGCAAUACUCCGCUCAUGGGCCUGCUCAAGAGCAAGUCUAAGAAGAGCAGCGGCACCGCCGCAGCCAGCAGCGAGGAAGAAGGCACGAUUGGUAACAAAGGACAUAAGGUCAAUGGCAGGAUUGUGGACGCCAGUGUACCUGCAGCAGUAGCUGCUCAGACGGCCAGUGCCAAUGCGAAUGUGGUACUCAAUCCGUUCAAGGCUGUAACGGCUGCUUUGGCCGCGGGCGCUGUACCGGGCACAGCUGCGGCUGCAGCGUAUAAUGCGGAGGCAGCCAGCGAAUGGAUGCAAUCGCUUUCCAUGUUUGGCUACGGCAUGCCGACCGUAUUUCCCGGGGCAGCACUAUAUCGUGCACCCGGUCCACCGCCGUUUCCCGUGUCUAGCAAUUAUCGCGGCUUUGCGCCGCGUCCGCGCGGCCGCGGACGAGGUCGCGGCAUGCGGGGCAGUCGAAUUGGCUACGACUCUCACUCCUCCUCCUACUAUAAUCCCAAGCACUACGAUGGCGAUCGCUAUGACGAAGGCGAUGGCGACGAUGACUACUACCAUAAGUCCUCGCGCGGCAGAAAUCGUUCACGGUCCAGCUCCUAUUCGCGCAGUCGCAGUCGUUCGCGUGGACGUCGUCUAAUUUGUCGUUCCAGGCGUUCACAUUCACGCAGCCGCAGUCGCUCCAAUUACCGCAAGUCCUCUUACUCAUCGCGCUCCAGACGCAGCCACAGUCGUUCACAUUCGCGCAGUCGCAGCAAAACGCCGGCGCAGCGCAAGAAUCGCAAAUUGGCAUCAACUCGACGUUCACGCUCCAGCAGCUACUCACGUUCCCGUUCCCGAUCCCACACACACUCGAAGCGCUCCAAUUCGCGCCGUGAGCGUCGCAGUCAUAGCCGUAGUCGCAGCCGCAGCCGCAGCAAUUCAUCGAAACGCAUCGUUCUUGAGGCUGACAAGCUAGUGGCCUCCGCGGAGCACAUACAGCGAACCAUUGAGCAGCACACCAAGGAUCGCAUGCGAGAGGAGGUGCGCGAGAUAAAACAGACGUUUCGGCAUCAGCGCAAGAGCGACCAAACAGAUGCGGAUGCUCAUACCGCCGAUCCAGAUACCAACCGGUCAACAGCGGAAGAGGAGAUAGAGGCAGACGAUGAACGUAAAAGACAUGGCAGUAGCAAGCGAAGCAGUCGACGCAAUUCUAUAGCCGCAUAGCAUAAUUUUACAUUACAUAAAUGACACAGUUCACAAUAAAAUAUUAAGUUAAAACCAUGUACAUUAUAGCACCAUAUCGCUUACAAA